AUGUUCCUUCCACCUCAACCCGGGCGGCUUUUGGCCCGUCAGAAUGAGGACAAAGACAAGAAAACCGACGGCGGAGGCGGCGGCAAGAAUAAUAUCUUCAUCAUUGUUGCCGCUUGUCUUGUGUUCGUGUUGGCUUUUAUGCUCAUGAUGUACUUCGCCUUGCGCGCCCUUCGUCGAAUGAAUUGUCGCCCGAAAUACAUUCCCGGAAAAUACCUGAAGGACAAAUGGAACCGGUGGCCCGUUGGGAUUGCAUAUGGUCAGGUCCCUGGUGGGACGUCGAAUGCCCAUGAGGAGAGCAGGACAGGAAACAGCGCUGCUGGUGGAGGGUCAGAGAUGAACACCAACAGUAAUGUCCGUCGCGACACCUCGGUCCGCUCUGUGAUCACGCUGCCCGCAUAUUCGUCGAGCCCGAAGCCGGAGGAGCAAAUCAUUGCCCGAGAAGGAGAGCGCGGUGGCAUGGAUGUGGUCAUGGAAUUCCCCGAAACCGCCGAGGAAGAGGAGAAUCGAAGAGAAGAAUUGAUGGAGUCCCUGUACCAGGUACGCCAGCAGCGGCGACAGGAAAUUGCCGACCGUGAGGCCCGGCGUCAAGAGCGUCGCGAUGCCCGUGCCCGGGGGGAUUAUAUUCGUCUGGAACAACUUCGUCUUCAGAGUCGCGCCCGCGCCGAAAGUCGCUCCUCUGCCAACGGUGCCAACGGUGCCAACGGCAGCAAUACCAACCUGGCGGCGGCAUUGAGUGCGGCGGAGCACCAGUCUCGCGGUCGUGACCGGAGGAUCUCCAGUGUUUCUUAUGCGGAAUUGGGCCAGGUUCGACAUGACGGCUCGCGUGUUCGCGCUAGGUCGCCUGAUUCAGAUCGCCAUCCCUUGUUGUCCAACGCCGCUUCGAUCAACACUGACGGGCCUGAUCGAUCGUCAGGGUCAAUUCUGACCAGCGUCCACUCUCGAGGAGAAUCUUACUCGUCGAUGCAGUCCGACUUCUCGGAAACCGACACCUUGACUCGACCCGAAUCUCACGCCCACUCUACCCAUGCGGCAGCCCAGGAUGGAGAUGUAGGGGGGCUCAGCAUUCCGCCUCCGGACUACGAGCACUUGGACUGGGGGGAUGCACCCCCUUACGAGAGUCCAGUCCUCGACCGCGGGGAGCAGCCUCCUCGAUUACGUGAAUUGACACCCCUGCCGACCAUCCAUAUUGACGCCGCCAGUCCCGUCAACAACACCCCUACCACUCCGAUAAAUCACCAAUCCAUUGACCAGAACUAUCCGCCUGAAAAUCCCUCCACCAACCAACAAACCCACUCUACUUGA